GGUAAUUUACGGUAAUUUCGUCGCCGAGGCAACGCUCAGGAGGUCGCCAUGUCCGAUGCUGCUUGGCGAUCUUCAGCUCAAACCAGAAAUCACAAAAUUCCCUCCACCUCAUCAUCUCCUGGAAGUGAAAAGCCUCAAUAUUCACAACCGCAACUCUGGACAUAACCAUCUAGAAGGUCCCCUACUUAUCUGCCCAUGCGUGGGCAAAGUGCCGCCUAAGAUGUCUAUAAACCCACCACCUCCAUCCCUCUUCGACAAAACCACACUCACAUCCCUAGCCUCAACGGUGGCCAUUCUCCUUGCGGCGCUAGCCAUCUCUCGCCGCGUGCUGGACCCGCAUACCACUCCGGCGCGGUUGCGUGCCCUAUUCGUAUGGCAUGCCUUCGACGCCCUGAUCCAUUUCAUCCUCGAGGGCAGCUUCGUGUACCACUGUCUGUUCUCUUCCACUCCAGCUCUUCAACUGAACACCGGGGUCGGCGGUAUGAGGUACUGGCCUGAUCCGGCCAUGUAUCUUGGAGGGCGUGGCGCGGGGGCGACCGAGCACGUGCACGGUGCGCAGGCGGGCGGGGACAAUCCGCUUGCGAAACUGUGGAUGGUGUACGCGCGUGCGGAUUAUAGAUGGGCGGGAGUCGACCUGACCGUCCUCAGCAUUGAGAUCAUCACGGUGCUGUUUGCCGGGUGUAUGGCAUGUUUGGCGUGCUACGACAUUGCACGGAAGAGCCCGAGGGCGAACUUGGUCAUGAUUCUGCUGGCGACAGCUGAAAUCUAUGGUGGCUACAUGACCUUCAUGCCGGAAUGGCUGACGGGGAAUCACAACCUCGACACGAGCAACUUCAUGUACAAGUGGAUCUUCUUGAUCUUCUUCAAUGGCUUAUGGGUUGUGGUACCGCUAUAUGCGAUCUAUGUUGCAGCGGACGACAUCUUGGAUGCAUUCAGGGUCCGGGCCACGGCGUUGGGCGAGAAGAAGGCGAAAUGAGCGCGGCGUGCCGUGAGCCGUGCUGAGAGUACUGUAUUGUACAAUACCUAUGGUAGUUACCUAUCUAGGUAGUCUACGGCUGCUACUGGACGUAGAAUGAGGUACUAAUAGCUACUAUUAGUAGUAGCACGGCAAGUUGGGGGGACUCGGGUUUGAGGUGUUGGUUGUUGUGGCGACACGGUCGGCUAAACUGCAUAUGUCUCAAGCUGUCUGCGCGGACUUUGACGAUUUGAACGGGACCCGAGACUGCGGAUCCAGACUGGUCAGAUACGAUGCGUCGCCUCUUGAACCCGUUUCUAAGAGCGGUAGUUGAGGGGUGAAUCUUGGAUGCCAGAUAAAUUUGGGCGCACUAACACACGGUAUUGUACGAUACAAACAAACGGGGCUUAACUCUUACUUACUACCCUCCAUCGAGCUUCCUCCGAGA